CAUCUACUGGUGUCCCAUUUCCAAAUAAAGAAAUUUUAUGCAGUGACGCUAGUUAUCAACAGCUUCCACAACAAUCAUCUAGUGUUCAAAAUUAUAGUUUAUCUUCAUCUUCACCUGUAAUAAAUACAACAUAUACAGUAUCUAAUAAUGCAGUGGCUCAAAAGCGAGCUAUUGAACUUAUAAGCGAUUCUGAAAAAGAAUUAACAGAGUUAAGAGCAAUGGCUUGA